UUUAAGUUUCACUUGCAGUUUCUCUGUCAUACAGAGGAGCCGCAACACCGGGUUUCAACUUUUAUGUUGAAAACGUGUUUUCGGAAGAAAAUAAUUUAUAACCCUCGUAAAAUAAAAGUUUGUUAUAAAUUUUACCCAACGUAAUUCUGAAAGUUUUCAUACAUUUCGCUUCGAAUCUACAAAGUUACACAUCCUGCCAUUUUCAACACCACGUGUACCUGUUUUAGGUGACAUCUAUUAGAACUAGAAUAUUUGUAUCGAAGUAAUUCCCUUUAGUUAUUCUUUGACUAAGUGCACAGUUGAGUUCACGUGGAAAUGGCACACGCUGAGGGGGACCUUCGAGAUGGCUUAUCUGCACGGGAAAUCUUCGCGAAUAGUGAAGGACUUACCUAUAAUGAUUUCUUACUGCUUCCGGGAUACAUAGACUUUACCGCUGAAGAAGUGGACCUGACCUCACCGCUAACCAAGAAAAUUAACCUGAAAGCGCCUUUAGUGUCUACUCCCAUGGACACAGUCACUGAAGCAGACAUGGCCAUCGCUAUGGCUCUGUGUGGAGGAAUUGGUAUUAUUCAUCACAACUGCACUGCUGAUUAUCAAGCGAAUGAGGUUCACAAAGUUAAAAAAUACAAACAUGGCUUUAUCAGAGAUCCUGUCUGCAUGGGCCCUGAAAAUACUGUAGCAGAUGUGAUAGAAGCCAAGAAGAAAAAUGGGUUUACUGGCUAUCCAAUCACAGAAAAUGGAAAAUUAGGCGGUAAAUUGAUUGGAAUAGUAACAUCUCGUGAUAUUGAUUUCAGGGAGGGUGAUCCCCAACUAAGUUUAAAAGAAGUAAUGACGCCUAUUAGUGAAAUGAUCACUGCACAAUCUGGUGUUACUCUCCAAGAUGCCAAUUAUAUUCUUGAAAAGAGUAAGAAGGGAAAACUGCCAAUUAUAAAUGGUGCCGGAGAACUUGUGGCUUUGAUUGCCCGCACUGAUUUGAAAAAGGCUCGUAGUUAUCCAAAUGCAUCUAAAGAUUCCAACAAGCAAUUAUUAGUUGGAGCUGCAAUUGGUACUCGCGAGGCAGACAGAGAGCGCCUCAAACUUCUUGUCAACAACGGUGUAGAUGUUAUUGUACUAGACUCCUCUCAAGGCAACUCAAUUUAUCAGAUUGACAUGAUCAAGUUUAUUAAAACAACUUACCCUGAUAUCCAAGUCAUUGGAGGCAAUGUAGUAACGAGAAUGCAGGCCAAGAAUCUCAUUGAGGCAGGUGCAGAUGCUCUAAGGGUUGGUAUGGGCAGUGGAUCAAUUUGUAUCACCCAGGAGGUAAUGGCAUGUGGCUGCCCGCAAGCCACAGCUGUGUACCAAGUAGCAUCAUAUGCCCGGCAGUUUAAUGUGCCAGUCAUUGCUGAUGGAGGCAUUCAGUCUGUUGGCCACAUUGUAAAAUCACUGGCGUUGGGAGCUUCAACUGUGAUGAUGGGAUCCCUUCUUGCAGGAACAUCGGAAGCCCCAGGAGAAUACUUUUUCUCUGAUGGUGUAAGACUGAAGAAGUACAGAGGUAUGGGAAGCCUGGAAGCAAUGGAGAACAAAGAUGGCAAGGGCUCUGCUAUGAGUAGAUACUUCCAUAAAGAAUCUGACAAGCACAGGGUUGCUCAAGGGGUUAGUGGAAGCAUUGUAGACAAAGGAUCAGUUCUGAGAUUCCUGCCGUACCUGCAAACUGGUAUGCAGCAUAGCUGCCAAGAUCUAGGUGCCAAGUCAGUUAGUAAAAUAAGAGAAAUGAGCUAUUCUGGAGAUUUGAGAUUUAUGAAAAGAACAUAUUCAGCACAGUUAGAAGGAAAUGUUCAUGGUUUAUUUUCCUAUGAGAAAAGGUUAUUUUAAAGAUCAUUAUUUGCUUUAAACAUUUCUUAAGAUUGUGAUAUCAACAUAUGUGUUUGAGAAGUAUAUUCUUUAUGAAAUAAGCAAAAUAUUAAGAGGAUUAUUGUUGUUUUUUAGUAUUUGUAUAUUGAGAAGCUAAUGAGUUAACAUGUAUAUUUUUUGGUAAACAGAUGUAUUUCACUUUUAU